AUGUCGAGGAAGCAUGCGUCGUUAGGCCCCACGAGGGCGUGCAUAGCGCGGGAGCCGAGGCGGGCGGCGACGCGGUUGAGCACGUCGAGCUUUUCGGCGAGCGCGAGGGCGAGGAGGCGCGCGUCGGGCUACACGAGGGCCCGUGUACUGCAAGACGUGCGCCGGCGUCGGUGCGUGGGGUGCGACGUGGGGUACGCGUGGGCGGGGUACGAGGGGGUGUGGGUCGGCGAGGUGUGCGAGCUCGCGUCGGCCGCGGUCACCUGCAAGGCCAACGCCGCCGCGCUCUGCGCCGCCUGCGACGCCGACAUCGACACCUCGAAUCCGUUCUUGCGUCACCACGAGCAGGUCCCCGUGCAGCCCAUCGGAACGCCGUCUUCCGACCAGGAUGCCGCCCUCGCUUUCGACACCGGCAGCGACAAAGACGGCGUGAAGCUAGACUUCGUGUUCGCGGAUGUGAUGGUGGGCCCGUUCUUUGGCGCCGACAGCAGCUGA